UAAAACAUAUGUGUAUAAUAUUUCUGUGCUGUGUUAUGUUGUCUUGUCCUUCUUGUCUCUGUUAGAUUCAUCCAAAGAGGAAGAAGCAAUGUUGAGAGCCUGUCAGUUACGAGUUGGGUUGCCGAUUCCAAAACUCUCUUCACUCUCCACAAUUCCCUCACUCUUCUCUUUCUCUUUUUCAUCAUAUUCUCACUCCCAGUUCCACGCUUGUUCAUCCACAAAACCCUUCCAUUUUCACUCAUCUUCUUCCCUUCCCCUUUCACCCUUUACUUCUAUCAUGCCUCCCAAAUCAACAGCUUCGUAUAGUACUGGGAGUAGUGCUGUUGAAGGUGGUGGGGAAAGGGAAAUAUUGGUUCAGCAUUUGUUGGUGAAAGAAGAUGAUCAGAAACUGUUGUUGGAUCUUCAAUACAGAGUCGCUAGAGGUGAAGAUUUGAGUGAUCUUGCGGUGGACCAUUCAAUUUGCCCUUCUAAAGACGAAGGAGGAAUGCUCGGGUGGGUUCGAAAGGGACAAAUGGUUCCUGAAUUUGAGGAGGCUGCGUUUAAUGCACCUUUAAACAAAGUUGUAAGAUGCAAGACAAAUUUUGGAUGGCACCUACUACAGGUUUUAUCUGAAAGGGAAGAAUCGGCACUUAAAGACAUUCAACCUAAUGAGUUGCAUGUGAAAUUUCAAGAUCCUACGUUUUUCGAGGAGGCGCAGUUAAUUGAUGUUCGAGAGCCUGAAGAAGUGGCCACAGCGUCUUUGCCGGGAUUUACAGUUCUUCCCCUCCGACAAUUUGGAACCUGGGGGCCUGAAAUAAACACCAAAUUUGAUCUUCAAAAGGAUACAUAUGUUCUGUGUCAUCACGGUGCGCGGUCGAUGCAGGUUGCCAGGUGGCUGCAGUCACAGGGGUUCAGGAAAGUUUACAAUAUUUCCGGAGGAAUCCAUGCCUAUGCGGUGCAGGCCGAUCCAUCAGUUCCUACAUACUGAUUCACAUGAUUCUGCCACUUUCCUCUUCUUGUAUGUGAACAAUUUUCCAUAUACUAGUACAUGAAAACCAAGAUUUUGUGAGAGGAAUGUAUUCAAUAUGUUACAAGUCACUCUUAGGAACUUUCAACUUUUACUUGAGAGACAAGGCAUCCAAUGUUCCAAAUAAUACCAAAAGAAAUAGUGAAUUUAGAGGUUAACUUAAAUUUAAGCCAAUAAAAUUGAAUAAACCAUCAAUUUAGUCCUUAAAUCAUAAAUGAAUCUUAUUCAUUUAUUUAA